UUCUCUGCUGAUAAACAGGUCCUCAACACGCUGUCAAUUCCUGAUAGCUCGCUUGAGAUGUCGAGAUGUGAAACACGAACAAUAAUUUGCCUUUCGUGAGUGGUGCAUAAGUUCCUCGGUGCCUCUUUGAAGCCUUUGCCCCAGAUCCCUGUUUUGUAUCCCACCAGCAAGCCCCGCCUCUCCUGCUGAGAUCAGUUUAAACCCACAGAAAAUGCUGCCUCUGCCUCUUCAGCAGCCUCCCGUCUGUGACUGACUUCAGGAUGGCAGUGCCCGGGAUCUCUUGCUCACCAGACCGCCUGUCAGUCUUCACCGUGGGUAAGGAAUGAGUUCCCAGGGCGGGCCAAUGGAAGAUAACUUCAGCCGCCUGCUCGAGUCCAAGAGGGCUGCAGAUUUCCCCCGAAAUGUGACACGGGGAGCGGAGAGAAGCUCUCACACCGUGAUGGCAUUUCCACUGGCGGCAGUCGGGGGCACACUGGGCACAGUUGCUGGCUUCCUUGCCAUCUGGGUGCUGGUCUUGCUUUGCCGCUGUUCCAGGAAAAGGACAGGAGUCUCUAAGAGCCCCGAGGAAGCUGAAGCUACCAUGAGGCAGAGUAGCAUCAUCAGAACGGCGCAGCAGUUUAGCAUGAAGAAGACAACAGAGCCAGUCCAGCCAAGGACCCGACUGACAACGCCAAAGAUCUAUACCCCUGAACCAGUGGUAACAUCACCGGAAUUCAUUAAUUACACUGACUACACAUUGGGAACAACAAAUGAAACAACAUCAGUCAACAGGGGAGAAGCUGACAGCUUAAUGACAGAUUCAUCCGAAGAACUGUUUAUUAUUUCCAAGAAUGCCGCUGUUGAUACUGCUUCUCUACCUGAUGAUUUGGAGAGUCAAAUAUCUGAAGAUUGGCUGGAGGCUGUGAAGCUGCAUUAUGUGACGAAAUAUAACUACCAGAAGACAGAACUGCAUCUCACCAUUAUUGAAGCCCAGUUCAUAGAUACAGUGGAAAACAUGAACUACUGUGACAUUUAUGUACUAGGCACUUUGGUCACAAAACUUGGAAAGACCGAGGCUGAGACCUCCAAGCAAACUAAGACCUUAUUCCCAGUUUGGCAGGAGACUCUGAUAUUCCCAGUCUCAGAGGAACACAUGCAGGACGGGACAUUGACACUGGCUCUCUACAGCUGUGACAGGUAUUCUAGGCAUUACUGUGUGGGAGAAGCACAACUCCACCUACCUGACAUGCCAAUGGAUGCAAGAACCAAUUCGUGGAUCAAUCUGAAAGCUCCUGAAAAGGACUCUAUGACAUCGCCUGGUGAGAUUUUGCUUUCCACUAACUACCUUCCAGCUGCCAACCGUCUCAUUGUCGUUGUUAUGAAGGCACGACACUUAAACUCAGAGGAGCUGAAACAUCUGAUAGAUGUUUCAGUCAAACUCACCCUAAUGCACCAGUCUGUGAAGUUGAAGAAGAAACAUACCAGGCACGUGAAGCACAAGAUAAAUCCAGUUUGGAAUGAGAUGAUAAUGUUUGAAGUGCCCUAUGAGCUGCUGUGUAAAUCCAGUCUUGAAAUAGAGAUGUUGAACCAGGACUGUACAGGGCAAAACCACUUACUGGGUAAAUGUAGCCUGGGUCUGAAUUCCAAUGACUUAGAGCUAAGUCACUGGCAGGAAAUGUUAAACAAGCCCAGGAAACAGAUCGCAAUGUGGCAUAAACUACAUGCAUAAUCCUCUUCCUGCUCCAUUGCAUUUACAAUACCAAGCUUCAGGCAAAAUCCCCUUUCCUGAACUAUUGGCCUGAGAAAUUCAAUGGUGCUGUGCCCACCUUUCAAGCAAAGAAGUGGGCACAUUACUCAAUGAAAAUGCGCUUCCCAUCAAAUUCGUAAAUGCAUGAACUGUAUUUGAAGUCCAUUACUUAAAACAUGUGUUAGGUCCUUUGAUUAUGCUAGUUUGGGGCCCAUUUACAGCUUCAUUCAGAAAAUGAUUGUCUUUUCCUGAACUCUCAAAAAUAUGUCCUACACACAGCCUAACUGAAAGGAUUUCUGAAGGCUGUCACCAAAAAAUUAAGUUUGCUGGUGAAUGCUGCACAAAAUGUGGUUUCCAGGGGAUGCAGGAGUGUUUGCCCCACCCCAAAUCCACUGCAUCUAAAUGACCAUUACCAGUGUCUGCCUGGCCCUCUCCCUGUUUGCCUCUUUGCUCUUUCAAACAUCUCUCCUUCCGAUUACAACUUUCUCCCUGUCCCUGUCUGUUGUCUCCUGCUUCAUUAAUCCAUCAAUUGAAGUGUCUCACAAAUACUUAACUGAUUUUGUUUCUGGAUCAGUUAGCUUCCAACUCAAAGUACAAAAUCCAUCUCUGGUAAUCUGGCAUGUGGUCACAUUAAAUAUUUUCAGCAGAGAAGCCAACUGCAUACAAAUGAGAACAGUGCACCGUAAAAUACAUCCCCAAACAUGUGCUGUGGGGUUUAAAACUAAAGACGGCUUUCCCGUUGGCUGUUCCCAAUAUAUCGAAUUCUAGGUCUACAAAAACAUUCAUGCAAUAUGUUCUGUAGACAAUGGACUAUACAGAUUUAUCAGCAUUUAUGUACUGUAAACAUAAAGUACAAUACGUACUGACCUGCAUCAUUUGAUAGUUAUUUUCUUGACACUUGAAGUACCGGGAAUGUUUGACCAUUUCGUUUUUUCUCUAGGCAGCAGCGGGACGGGGCGGGAGGUGGUAUAGUAGCAGGAUGGUGCUAAUGAGGAAAAGAGAACUUAAUAUAGAGUGUGAGACGAAAAUCUUAUGUUAUCCUUCAACUCCGUUCAGAGUUGUUGAACUCAAGAGUACACAAACAUUUCAUGCUUCAGCUCAUUAUGACAAAAACAGUCAUGUACUAGGUCUUCAAAUCAUAUCUACUAGAUUACCAUGUUUGUUUCAUUGUCAUACACAUUGGUUUUCUGCCAUAAGUUGCCAAGUAAUAUUAUUAACUUUAAAGUCACUGAGUACCAUUGUACAGCAGGGGAGACAAACAGCUCUGUAUUCACUAGCAAGAGAUAGUUUAAUGACUGAAUGGCACAUUUCACAGGAAAGUCUUCAUGGUGUAUAUGGGAACUGUUACUUUGUGACAUAGGGGUUACUGCACGGAGCAGUGGCAAACAACAUUCCUUCGUUGUUUGGUCUCUUUGAAUAUUCUGAUCCGUAUCACAUUUUGUUAUUUUCAAUCAACGUGUACAGACUGAUGAUGAUACACCCAUGAGGAAGGUGAGAAUUGAACCUGGACCUCUUGGUCCAGAUGCAGGGACACGUCACUGUGACACAAGUUCACCGGAGAGACAAACAUUAAUCCAGUACCUCAGGCUGCUUGGCCGCGCUACUCAGUAUCAGGUUUUAUCUAUCAAAAGCUUUUUGGAUUUUCCAUUCUCUGGAUUAUUUUCGUGCUUGUAAUUCACUAAAAGCCACUAAACAGACAAAACAAAAUAAAAAAGCUGAACGGCCUUUAUCUGAAGAAUGCCGUAAUGUUAAAAAAAAUCCUCCUGCUGCGUUCAGAGGACACUGAACCUCAGGAAGGGUAAAUUAGCCUUGGAAGGGAUUCAGCAGAUCGAGGCAAUGGUUUAAGGGAUUAAAUUAUAAAGUUGCAUAAA